ACAGACAGACAGAAAAAGUAUUUUCCGACCAGACGGAGUAAUAGGCUUCGCUAAUCGCUCAGCCAAUCAAACAUGGUAAGAUGUCAUUAUUUUCAUUUGCCACCUUACGCUACAAAUAUUUUCCCGUUGAGCACUAUUUUAUUUUCAAUUUCAUGCGAUUUGGUUGCUCAAUCUUCCUUUCAUAACCUCACUAAAGUUUUGAAGUGGUCCUCCUCACCUCAUUCAUCUUCAUUCUGUCUUUGAACCUAAGUUUACUGCAGUAUACUUCCACGAUUAUAUAUUGCUGUCUUUGUUUCUGUAGGGUGACAAUGACAAUGGAGGAUAUGACCCUUAUGCCGAAAAUAAAGACAUUGAGUAUGCCAGGCCUAGGCCAAUCAAUACUUUGACGCCCGGUAAAGCCUACUCCGUUUCAAAACUGUUCAAAAUGAGGUCUCAGUAUCCGGACCCUGACAGAACUUACCCCAUGAACACCUUAGCUUAUGAUGCCGGGAUGAAAUUUCAGAGCAUAUUGCCUAGAAAAUUUAACAAGUUUCAACAGUGGCUGGAUGCCAUGAACAAACCGAUCAACAACAAAGUUGGACCAAAAGUUGUGUUUUAUGGGACUAUGUCCUUGAGCUAUGAGGUCGAGCUACUACGACAAACCCAAGAACCCUGCCCUGAAAAACUUGAAAUAGUCCAGAGGAUUAUGAUGCAAACUACGCCCAAAAAGGGAGAUUCUCAAAUGGGCACUGCAUCUCCAAACAAACGUUCCCACGUCUUUGAUGAACAAUCUCCAUCCAAACGUAAAUAAUUCCAAUUGAAUAAUUUUUCACAAAUUGCAUGUCAAUCAGGCAUCAUGAAAUCACUCGGUUCUAUAUUUAGCUGGUUUGGUUUGAGACAUGCAUAUUCUCAGACCUAAACAAGCUUAAAUGAAAGACCUAAUGAUUUCAAUGACAUCUUUGGUUCUGUUACCAUUUAGACUGUAUUCACCCUUUUUGUUAAUACAAUCCCUUUCCUUAAAUUUUCACACUGCCUUAUUUUA